AUUGCCUGCUGUGUGAGGACUUUUAUUUUGAAAUCUAUCAACUCCACGGAACCGGAAGUGUUCGCGAAAUGUAGUCACACAUCCAGAAUAGCAGUCGGAGAAUCUAGACUUUUAACAACGUUUUGAUCGAGUAGAGUUACUAAUGACUUAAUUAUCACAUCAGUGCACUUGCAGUGGGCUGCGUGUCUCCGGUCUGGAGCUGUUGACACAUCUGGAGCUGGAAUUGGUUGAGAGAAGAUGCAACAGGUCCCGUACGGAUCUGUGGAUCGAGACAAGCCUCUCAUCCGUUUGCCUUUCACCCGGUUAGCGGUGAUCACGGUGUGUCUGCCUCUGCUCGGCCUCAUAGCCUGCGUCGUGCUGGCUCUCCUCUACCACUACAAUGAUGCGACCUACACACACUGCCAGUUUAUUAACAAUAUUUUUUAUGUUUUGGCUGUGAUUAGUUUGGAGUGAGAGUGUUAUAUAUGUCUUUUAAGAAUCGGCCUGCAUUCUGCUCCACGCUUCCUGGUAGCAGCAGCAUAUUUGAGCUUUUACCGCAGACGCUUUUCCAGGAGGCUGAUGGAGCAGCUUUUGAGUGUUCUCACAUUCCUCUUAGCUUUAAGUGAAAAUGUAGGGCUGCUUCUGCUCACCUACGUCUCCUCCAAUGAGACCUACAGUGUGCAUAAGAGCGGCUUCAUCUUGUUUAUUGGCAGCUCCCUGGUCCACAUGUUGUGCACCUGCAAGCUGUGGUCCUUGAUUGCGAAGUAUUCCCUCAGUGCAGAGGAGAUGAUGUCAUACCGCCAGAAGUUCCGCCUCUUCCUCUUCAACGGUUUCUUCUGUUUGUUGGCUGGUUACUUCUACAAGCGGCACAAUGCUUACUGUGAAGCAGGAAUUUACACAUUCUUUGCUGUGUGUGAGUAUCUGGUGGUGCUGUCCAACAUGGCCUUCCACAUGACUGCGUACUGGGACUUUGGAGGUAAGGAGGUGAUGGUUGCAACACCUCCAGAGGGAAAGCGCUUCUGACACAGGAAGUGAAUACUUGCAUCAUCUCCUUGAAACUUGAGACACUAGGGCUCAUGCUGAUUUAGGGUCGACACUGAUCGAGCAAAGCACGUAUGUGUAGAAAGAGACUGUUUACAACUUAACAAAUGGUGUUUUAACUCGCUUCAAAAAAUGACGUCAGUGGUGUGCUACAAUUUGAACAGUUCCAUUGUUUAUUCAGGUGUAAUUGGAACGGCUGAUUAUGUCCUGGUCAUUACUUCAAAUUGAUUUCUUUUACUUAGCUAAGUGUGAAGUGCCAUGUCUGUCUCUUUUUAAUGGGGUUGUCAGGGUCAUACAUUGGUUGCA